AUGGGUGGCCCAUCAACCAUCCCAGAAGUCCAUGAUUUCUUGUACAAGCUAUUUGCAGAUGGUGAUUUGAUUGAUUUAGGUGUUGGGAGAUUUCAAAGACUUUUAGCCAAGUUCAUUUCAGCCAGACGUACUCCAAAAAUCGAAAAAUACUAUCAAGAAAUUGGUGGUGGUUCUCCAAUUUUGAAAUGGUCCCAAUAUCAAGCUGAAGAAGCUUGUAAGAUCCUAGAUAAAUCCAAUCCUGAAACUGCUCCUCAUAAACCAUAUGUUGCUUUCCGUUAUGCCCGUCCUUACACUGAAGAUACUUUACAGAAAUUGUUGGAUGAUGGUAUUACAAGAGCCGUCGCCUUUUCACAAUACCCACAGUUCAGUUAUUCCACUUCAGGUAGUUCAAUUAAUGAAUUAUGGAGACAAACACAAAAACUUGACCCUCAAAGAAAGAUUGAAUGGUCAGUCAUUGACCGUUGGCCAGAUCAUCCAGGCUUGGUCAAAGCUUUUGCUGGUAAUAUCAAGGAAAAAUUGGCCGAAUUCCCAGAAUCAAUCAGAGAUAAAGUGAAGAUUUUGUUUUCAGCUCAUUCAUUGCCAAUGGAUGUUGUUAAUAGCGGUGAUGCUUAUCCAGCUGAAGUCGCUGCUACUUCAUAUGCCGUUAUGAAAGAAUUGAAUUUUAGUAACCCUUAUAGAGUCGUUUGGCAAUCACAAGUUGGGCCAAAACCAUGGUUAGGUGCUCAAACUGCUAAACUUGUUGAAAGAAUCGAAGCUGAUUCUGAAGGUAUUGUGCUUGUUCCAAUCGCUUUCACUUCAGAUCAUAUUGAAACCUUGCAUGAAAUUGAUUUAGAAUUGAUUGGUGAAUCCAAAUAUAAAGAUAGAAUAAAAAGAGCUGAAUCGCUAAAUGGUAAUCAAACUUUUAUUGAAGGUUUAGCUGACAUUGUUGGCUCACAUUUGAAAUCAGAUGAAUUGUAUUCAAAGCAAUUACCAUUCGAUUGUCAAUUAGGUGUUGGAAGAGAUGUUUUCAAACAUCCAUCUGAACUUUUUGGUGAUCACUACAAGCCUUAA